AUGUCAUCAGAAAAUUAUUCUCGACUUAGUCGGGCUCAAUUGAGCUUCGAUUAUUUACAUACGAAUUCAACGACUCACGAGUUCCUCUUCGGCGCUAUUGCUGAGUUAAUUGAUAAUGCAAGAGACGCCGGUGCUACUGAGAUCGACAUAUUUUCAACCAAAAGUCCGAAUCUCCGUGGUGGUUUCAUGCUUUAUUUUGUAGAUAAUGGUUGUGGAAUGUCUCCAGACGAAACUAAAAAUGUCAUUGUUUUCGGAAAGUCCUGUAAAAGAGUUCUAGAUCAGUCAUCUAUCGGAAUGUACGGCAAUGGUCUUAAAUCUGGCUCAAUGCGUAUCGGAAGUGAUAUGAUACUCUUUACUAAGAAAGAUGGAAUUUAUAGUUGUGUAUUUUUAUCACGUACUUUCCACGAGGCGGAAAGGUUAGACGAAGUCAUCGUUCCUUUACCGACAUUUAAUUCGAAGGACAAGACUCCCAUGUUCGCCCAUUCAGAAGAUCAGAAAAAACAUGACACCGAAAUGGAGAUAAUCUAUAGAUUCUCUCCAUUUCCAAAUGCUAAAGAUUUCUUUGGGCAGUUUGAGAAAAUUAAGGGAGAAAGUGGAACAGUGGUUGUAGUCUAUAAUAUGAAGCUCCUGGACGAUGGUUCUGCUGAAUUAGAUGUUAAUUCCAAUCCCUAUGACAUAAUGUUGGCAUCCAGUUCUGAAAGAGAAGAUCCUAUGGAACCCCUUGCCGAUAUUGAGCUCCCACCGGAAAAACGGAGCCUGCGGGCUUAUGUGUCUAUCCUCUACUCCGAUCCCAGAAUGAAGGUAUACAUACAAUCAAGAAAGGUGCAAACUAAGCGUCUUUUGGAUACUCUCUAUGCUACCAAGCGCUACAAUUUUGCUAGUAAAACUUUUCGAACGAGGGCUGAACGGGAGUUGAAUAAGAUAAAGGAAGAAGUUAAAGUUGCUGAAAUGAUAGCUAGGGAGGCUGAAAGUAAAGCGCGUGAUUUCGAACUUCGACAUGGUAGUUCAAGGGAUCCGGAACAUCUUAAAGUAAUUCGUCGACUGAACAAUGCCGCUUCAGAGAAGCGUAACUUAGUCACAGAGAAGCAGAAUAUAGUAGCUCGAAAGCAGAAAGCCUUAAAGGAUCCCAAGACCCUCACCUUUUACUUUGGAAUUAAUGUUGUCAAUAGAGCAUGUGAUGGCAUGUUUGUAUAUAAUUGCUCCCGGUUAAUUAAAAUGUACCAAAGAAUCGGCCCCCAACAGGACUCCAGUAUGACUUGUCGUGGUGUUGUAGGUAUUGUGGAUGUCCCAUAUAUGGUGUUAGAGCCAACCCACAACAAGCAGGACUUUGCGGAUGCCAAAGAGUAUCGUCAGUUGAUGCGGGCCAUGGCCGAUCAUCUGAUGCAGUAUUGGGAUGACUUGGCCAUAGAGAAGAAUGGUAGUGAAGAUGUAAAUCGGUUCUGGAAGGGCUUUGGCUACCUCUCCGCGCGUUGGCGGGAUCCGCCUAGUGGUGAGGAAAAAUAUGCCCGUAAACGCUCCUCUUGCGUCUCACUCUGUGUCCAAUGCGACAAGUGUCUCAAGUGGCGAGUCCUUCCCUACUCACAAAAUCAAGUUGGACGGGAAGUACCUGAUGGCUGGCAAUGUAGAGACAAUCCUGACCAAAAGCACAAAAAUUGUUCAGUCGCAGAGGAAGACAUGAAUCCUCCUCUCGGUGUUCUAAAGAGGAAGAUCAAGACAAAGGAACAGCGCCAAGCUGAACUGGAAGCCCAGAUCCGUAAAAGACAGGCACGUCUUAUAUCAUUUGUGAAAUAUUUUGUUUAG